AUAUUGGUAUAUCAAAGUCUCGAUAUAUGCGUAAUAUGGUCAUUUCCAAGCAAUAAUCAAACCAUAUGCGAGAGAUAGCACUCUGCCACAAAUGUCCGCGGCAUUUUCCCAGUCCAGUAGCGGGUUGGCGUCGAGUGUGAUUGACCAGAGAAGACCGCCUUGCACCUGCCAUUUCAAACUGGUUGGCUGAUGUGCGGCACUAAUGGCUGACCAGCUCCAUGCAAUGCCAGCAGUAGCCUGUCCUCAAGUCGCCGAACUUCACUGGCCGCAGAAUAUCGACCGCGCUGAAACCAGCACAUCUGCAUUCUGAAUGGACAUCUGUAUGUUCCUCAUGCAGUUCAUCUCGCAGUCACAUUUAGGGAAACGAAUGAGCUCCCGCUUAGCCUGCCUGAUUCGUGGCUAAUUCGAGCGAGUGAGGUGAGAGUUUGGGGACCCUGCGGCAAGUUGGACAACGCACUCCCACACUUCAUUAAAGCGCACGUCCACCUUGUCUCACAUUACGCCGAGUUCACAAGCGAAAGAUUCCUUCCCACAUCCCAUAAGUCGCGCACUUCCCAUUUUCUUCCCCCUCCGUCCUUUUCCUACGAAAACCUCACAGCAUUCCCACCAUUUGGAUAGUAUUCAUCCAUUCUAUACUAUACCCACUUGGCCUUUGUACCGAUUAUUCCCAUCUGGACAUCACCACACUUAGCCGGAGUCUUACAUACCACGGACAACAUCUACCACUCUUCUAACCACCUGGAAUUCCAUUUUGUUCUUUGUGACUACAGCCAGGGAUACCCAGCACCAAACAAUCCGGAGGUCGACCCAUAACUCGCACCAUAGGACAUGACUACUCUUGUUGCGACUUCAUUUUUGCCUGAUAUGAUGGCCAGACACAGACUGCAAGAUCACACCGACGACGGAUCGGCCAGGUAUAUGGACGUUCCGUUGAGGGAUCAAUACAGUGAACCGUUAUGGUUACCCCAGACAGUUGGAGGCCCACAGAACUUCCACGCACCCAAAGGAUACCACCAGAAUCCCCAAUCUGGUGUAAGGAGCCGUACGUCCCAAAAUGGAACCCCUCCAGGAUUAGAUGACAGCCCUUUCUAUGGCAACAUUUCGCACCAGUGGAACCAGACUACCCCCCCUUAUACCAUGGACGAGAUGGCGCCGCUAUAUUCAAAAACUUCCUUGGAGACCAUGGUAUCUAACACAGACCUUACUUCCGGAAGUGACCAUCCCGGCACAUUGGAUUCCUCCUACUCUGUAUCCUCAGACCACUUGGACACUCUUGAUUGCUCUUCGAGUCUAUCUGAUACUGGUCUUUAUACAGACAACACAAACUUUGUGAAAAAUGAAUUCAGUGAGUUACAGUUUCUGGACGAAGAGGAAACCAGAACCGGAGCCUUUCAUACCGGCCUGAGUAAUGGUGAUCACCGGUCGCCAAGCCAUAUGGUCCCCAUUGCCAAUGGAUCUCCUUCGCACAUAUUUGCCAUGGGAACGGACGAGAGCAUCUAUACCACAGGAUCAGAGAUUAUGCCACAUUCCGUGGUUACUUCCGGAGCCCACACUGGAGAUUAUAACCCGGAGUUUUCCUGGAUGUCUGGUGACCAUACCGGCCCAAAGGUCUCAUCGCCCACAUAUUCAAUUUCUGGCCUGUCAAUUCCAAUGUCCAGGAGAAGCAGCGCACUCGAUGCCCUGCCAGCCUUUAAUGGCCAGUCUCCCAGGAGCUCCAGGAAAUCCAUGGUGCCCAACAACAGGAUUGACGAGGAUUCCUACCCCAAAUUUGGCGCCGAACCCUUGGAAUUUCUCGAGGAUCGCUUCAGUGACCGAGGUCGCCGCAAUGGCGAAACUUCCGAAAUGGACAAUGUUGCCCGGGAUCACCCAUAUUACCACUCUGCCGUCCUCGGCCCGGAUAGAUUAUACCACUGCCCAUGGGAAUCCAUGAACCCUCCUUGCAACCACAAGCCCGAAAAGCUCAAGUGCAACUACGACAAAUGUGUCGAUUCCCACUUGAAGCCCUACCGGUGCAAGGUCCAAUCCUGUGGAGAAACACGCUUUUCGUCAACCGCCUGCCUUCUUCGCCAUGAGCGCGAGGCCCAUGCCAUGCACGGACACGGCGAAAAACCAUUCCUCUGCACCGCAGAGAACUGUGACCGAGCCAUCCUCGGAAAUGGAUUCCCUCGUCAUUGGAACCUUCGUGACCACAUGAAGAGAGUACACAAUACUGUACCUGAGCCAACUGACUCGGACCAACCCACCAGACUGCCGCGCAAGCGUAAGACCAGCUCUGUUGAUGGUAAGAUGAGGAAGAAGAAUUCUGCCAGUUCCCCUCCCAAGGAUAUCCCAGCGCCACAACCAGUGAACAAUGAGCCCAGUCCGGAGGACCAGUUCCGUGAGCACCGUCGCCAACUCAUGUCUGCCAUGGAACUUCUCAAUGACCCAAGUGAUCCGGAGGCAUUAGCUAAGCUCCGCCGAGCCAAUACUUACCUCAAGGAGAUGGCAGCCACUUCUCAGAAGCUCGCCAGGACCAACAGCCCCACAGGUUGAACAACAAAUACCCAGGAUGCACGAAAUGACCAAAAGACUACAGUGAAUAGCGGAGCCAGACCGCAGGAUUUUCUUGACCUUGCAUGGAUAUUGCCAGCCAGGAGAUGAUCUGCCUUGUUCCCUAUUCUAUCUACAGUCAUGUUACCAGUCAUGCACAGAACAGUUCUAAACCUACAAGACCAUUGGAUGCCCAGGAAUACACGGUACAGCCAUGGAAAGAAAACCUAAAUCCCACGAGUCAGUACCAGUCUGCUCGUGGGAGGACAAUAGACCCGGACAAGGAGCAUUAGGAUAUCAGCCACGAGGAUCUACUUUUUUACUGCAUUGUCAGGAUUAUAGAGUAUGCCCAAGGAUGAAAGAGGAACCAGAAUACGACAGAGCGCGGAGCCGAUUCGUGGAGAGGUGCUCGUGACUUAAAAGCCGUCUGUUGCUUAUAUAGUUAGCUGGGUUGGAGGGACAUGGAGGAUGGAUGAGAUGGACGGAGCUGAAAUUUGGAAAGAUGUUUUUGUAUUUGUUUUGAUAUUUUUAGAUAGAUUGCAUAACUAUGCGUGUGUUUUUACAGCAUGGUUCAACGUUCAGUGGGUGUG